AUGUACUUGCUCGAGGUCCAGCGAUGGGGACUGGAUGUGAUCAUGGGGAAUCUUUGCCAUCGAAGUGAGGAAGCGAGAGCACAAACGCCAAACUUGCCUUCUUGGGUACCGGACUGGAGUCAGUGCGGAUCCACACUCCUGCAACGAUUUCCUCUAGUGCAACCAUUGCUCCGAUACCCAGAUCCGAUAUUUGAAUACAACGAGGAAUCAGGUCUGUUCUUCGAAGGCCGGAUCCUGGCCACUCUGAAGACCUUGGAGGAGCACGCCGAUAUCAUCCAAAUAGUCAUGCAUCUGUCGAAUUCAAGGUCUCGAGCCUCGCAAAAGCUGCCUCCAGCCUACAGGGACAGACGCGUGUAUGUUUUCUCACCGAUAUACGGUGUUUCCUCACGGUCCAGUGACGAAUUUCUCGGUCAUCGCUCAUUAUCGCUGUUCAAAGAACGGAAACACGCAGUUCGCAACAGCAUGAAAUCGAUCCCACAGACCCUUGUAUACAACGAACACGCUUUCCUCUUUGCUCACAUAGAAGGCGGCGGAGCAGCCAGAACCGACCUUUCGGCCGAAGAAGAGGACAAGAGCCAGGAAAUGUUGAAGGCGGUUGGAGGCGCCGGAGAUGGGAGCAGAACACUCGCUACAGGCGACGCCACUCCGAGGAAAAGGGCAACAAGACUGCGCGACGGGAGCGAUGGAGCAAACAACUUUGAAUUUUUGGGCUUCGUCCAGAUCCAGUCGAAUCUGACCCUGUCCGAGUUUACGUCACGUUUUGAGGACAUUUAUCAGACCAUAUACACCAGAGCGCCAUGUACCAUCAGGAUACUGUAG